CGUCAACCGACUCAGACUGGUGACAUAUCCAAAAGGCAUCGUUUCUCUAACUAAUAUUUUGGACGAUUGCUCCCCUUUCUGAGAAUGUAAGCUACUGUCGUCGACCCAGCGUCUUAAGUUUUUCACAAAGGAUAUUCACAGCCAGACAUGAUGCAGGACUUUCGGAACUUUGAUCCUCAGAGGUUGGAGAGAUUGGAAGCCCGCUUUAAGGGAAAUCGUAGCCAGCCACCAAUCGUCAUAGAUGAUGAUUCCAGUCAGAGUGCAGGCAGUCACAGCUCCCAGGCAGAAGACAGUGAAAUUCAGUCUCUUCGGGCGGUAACAACUGGAACACCGGAAAGAAAGGAGAAACGAAGAAAACGGAAACACCCUGAAAAUCACGAUCAGAACUCCGGUGGAGGCCAUGGUCAUAAUGCUAAGAAGAUCAGCGAGUAUUUCAAGACAUCAGGAAAUAGUCCGGGAAGGGCGCCAAAUCCAAACCUCAUUCCUAGAUCUCCUUCAACGUCUCAAUCAAUGUAUCCACCGUCCCCCUCUCCAAAUUCCAACCAUGUGGAUCUGGUGACCAUGCAGUACCCACCACAGAUUCCACCCAAAGAAACGGUCACAUGUGCAACUCAGACUGUAAUGACCCUUGAUGACAUCCGUAGUCUAGAAGGAAAAGUAACGAGUGGUUUGAGGGAGUCACAGACAGCUAUACAAUCUUUAAAACAGACACAAACAGAAUCCCAGAAACAGGUGGAAACUCUUCAGAAACAAAUCGCCAAAAGCAUGGUCAUGACCAAGAAGUUACUCCUUGAAAAGUCGGACAUUGACAUGAAAGAGGCGAGACGGAAAAGCAUGGAGAACCGACUGAGAUUGGGUCAGUUCACUACCAAGAGGCAGGGAGCUCAGUUUGUGGAAACGUGGCAGGAUGGAUAUGCAUUCACGGAACUUGUCAAACAACAGGAAAGAUUAGGCAAAGAAAAGGAAGAAAUAGAACAACAGCGAAAGUUACUCACCAAAAAGAAACCACCGACUCCUCAGGCAGCCUCGGCCAAGGCCAACAAGGCCAAAGCGGCCAUGGCCAAUGGUCCAGACGAUGUGUUUGCUAAGCCGGCCGUUGAGACCCCAAUGACGCCCUUGGAGUAUUAUGAGAGAGAUGAAAUCUUCAAGUUAAGAUUAGCAUCUCUGAGGAAGGAGGAAUCUGACUUACAAGGAGAGCUGGAGAAGUUAGAGAGAGAGCGUAAUGUUCAUAUACGGGAGCUAAAAAGAAUACAUAAUGAGGACCAAUCAAGGUUUAACCACCAUCAGACGCUCUCGAAUCACUACCUACUGCUGGGACUGCUUGGAAAAGGUGGCUUCAGUGAAGUCCAUAAGGGUUUUGAUCUAAAAGAGCAGAGAUACGUUGCGUGUAAGAUUCAUCAACUCAACAAGGAAUGGAAGGAAGAUAAGAAAGCCAACUACAUCAAACACGCACUUAGGGAAUAUGAAAUUCACAAGAGCUUAGACCAUCAAAGAGUCGUCAAGCUGUAUGAUGUCUUUGAAAUAGAUUCAAAUUCUUUUUGUACAGUGCUAGAGUACUGCCCCGGCAACGAUUUAGAUUUCUACUUGAAACAACACAAGAUGAUAGGAGAGAGAGAGGCACGCUCUAUAAUGAUGCAAACAAUCUCAGCCCUGAAAUACCUUAAUGAGCGAAAACCACCUGUUAUUCAUUACGAUCUAAAGCCAGGUAAUAUUCUUUUAAGUUCCGGAAACGUAAGUGGAGAGAUUAAGAUUACAGACUUUGGACUGUCCAAGAUCAUGGACGAUGAUCACUUCAAUUCACAAGAGGGAGGGAUGGACCUAACAUCACAAGGAGCCGGCACAUACUGGUACCUGCCACCAGAAUGUUUUCAAGUUGGCCAGGAGCCGCCUAAGAUCUCAUCUAAGGUGGAUGUAUGGUCGGUUGGUAUCAUCUUCUAUCAAUGUCUGUAUGGAAAAAAGCCCUUUGGUCACAAUCUGUCGCAGGCAUCAAUCUUAGAGCAAAAGACCAUCCUUAAAGCAACACAGGUUCAAUUCCCACCAAAGCCAGUAGUCAGCGCAGAGGCAAAGGAGUUCAUUCGUCAUUGUCUCGUCUACCAAAAGGAGGACCGCGUCGAUGUCCUAACCCUUGCCAAACAACCCUACCUUCUCCCCGUCGGCGGCAGGAAAUCACUAGCUGCAAAUAGUGUGACCACGAACAAUGUUACUAGUUCCAGUACAGCAGUCAGCUCCUCGAGUACAACAAGUCUUGAGACUAGUUCUCAGUAAGCUCUCAAUAAGGAGAUUAAUCUUAUCUACAACCAAAAGCUAGUCUCCGGCCCUGCAGCUGCCACAGACUGGGAUCAAGUUCAUGCAAGGAUCAAUGGAUAACGAGUGGUUGUUCAGUGACGUACGUAGGGCACGCGUACAGAGGUUGAAGUGUGAACGACUCUUGUCAGGGCAAACGGCAACUCAACACACGUUUCACGUUUUGUUAUAACUGGUCCACUCUGCGCUGUACUAUGAAAACGGCUGUUGGUAACCAGCGAUGCGACCAUGCCCAGUAGGUUGGUUCCAAAAGUUGACUAGCGUAGUCCAACUAGACAGAGUUUGGGCAAUGUUAGAAAAGCUAUGGUCAACGAUAGUCCUUGCGUGAACUUGGCCCAGGAAGCCAGAAAGUUACCUGCGGAAAGGACUGGGGGUGAGAGUACAACAUCGUUCAAAGCAUGCAAGGAGAUCAAUCUACAUCCGAAAGGUAGUCUCUGGCCCUGCAGCCGCCUGCCACAAACUGGGAAGCUGGAAAGUGUGUACUCAGGGUGCCUUGGAAAAGGACCUGGGCCCAAUUUCAUAGGGCUGCUUUUAAUCAGAAAAUAUUGCUUAACAGUUAUCUCCUAUUAAGCAGAA